GACAUUCUUAAGUUCAGUGUCAGCGUCAGAUGUUCUGAGAUUUCAUAAAAUUAGAAGAUAAAACAGAUAUUUGACCUCAUGUAAUAAUGGUAAAAACAGAUCUAAGUUCAGAAGAUUAUGCCUAUUUUACCUUUUUGAGAGAUAUACAAAAAAAAUCCAAUCCACCCAUUGAAAGAGACUCAAAUUCAUGUAUAUAGUUGUCAAUACCAGAGUCUGUAAAGACAUGCUUACUAUUAAUACUGGAAGAUCCAUACAUUGCUGAAGAAGAUCUGGUUGACAACAUGGGAAUUGUUUUAAUAAAAUGAAUUGUCCAAAUGAAAAUGACCUUCAGAUGGCUGUUGUUUCAUUUUCCCAACCAAUGAGCAACUCUUUCCUAAUUUAGAGGCGUGUAUUAAUUUUCCUGUGCAUAAAAUAUCAAUCUUUGGGUCUGAAUAUGUCUUCUACAGAUUUAACUAGUGCGAAUGAAAAAGACAAUGGGUGUAACGAGUUUGUAGAUUCUGUCUGUGUAACAGAAAGUUUACAGAAGUGUACUAUGAUACAGGGAAAUAGUCCACCUAAUGAUCAGAAAAAUGAUUUACAGGAAAACAUCAACACACGUAGUGAUGAACUUUAUCAAUGUGAUGUCUGUGGAAAGGUUUUUAAAUGGACAACGAAGUUAGAAAUACAUAUGAGGAUACAUACUGGUGAGAAACGUCAUGAAUGUGAAGUCUGUGGAAAGGCAUUCAGUCGAAUAGGAAACUUGCAGAUACACAUGAGGACACAUACUGGUGAUAAACCUUAUAAAUGUGAUGUCUGUGGGAAGACAUUCAAUCAGACAGGAAUCUUACAGACACAUAUGAGAACACAUACUGGUGAUAAACCUUAUGAAUGUAAUGUUUGUGGGAAGGCAUUUCGUCAUACAGGAACAUUUCAGACACACAUGAGAACGCAUACUGGUGAUAAACCUUAUGAAUGUGAUGUCUGUGGGAAGGCAUUCACUCAUUCAGGAGCCUUACAGACACAUAUGAGAACACACACUGGUGAUAAAACUUAUGAAAGUAAUGUUUGUGGGAAGACAUUCGGUCAGACAGAAAACUUGCAGGCACACAUGAGAACACGUACUGGUUAUAUACAUUAUGAAUGUAAUGUUUGUGGGAAGGCAUUCAAUCGAAAAGGAACAUUACAGAGACACAUGAUGACACAUACUGGUGAUAAACCUUAUAAAUGUGAUAUAUGUGAAAAGGCAUUCAUUCAGACAGGAAACUUCCAUAUACACAUGAGAACACAUACUGGUGAUAUACCUUAUGAAUGUAAUGUUUGUGGGAAGGCAUUCAAUCGAAAGGGAACAUUACAAAGACACAUGAUGACACAUACUGGUGAUAAACCUUAUAAAUGUGAUGUCUGUGGAAAGGCAUUCCGUUGGACAGGAAACUUGCAGGCACACAUGAAGACACAUACUGGUGAUAAACUUUAUGAAUGUGAAGUCUAUGGAAAGGCAUUCAAUCGGUCAGGAAUUUUACAGAAACACAUGAGAACACACUCCGAUAAACCUUGUGAAUGUGAAGUCUGUGGAAAGGCAUUCCGUCAGACAGGAAACUUGAAGGCACACAUGAGAACACAUACUGGUGAAAAACCUUAUAUAUGCAAUGUCUGUGGUAAGGCGUUCAGUCUAACAGGAAACUUGGAGAAACACAUUAGAACACAUACUGGUGAUAAACCUUAUGAAUGUGGUGUCUGUGGGAAGGCAUUUCAUGAGGAAGGCAUCUUACAGAGACACAUGAUAAUACAUAGUGGUAAUAAAUGUGAUGGUUUUGGAAAAACAUUCAGUCAGAAAGGAAACUUACAAAUAUAAUAUAUGCUGAAGUUCCUCAUUGACAAUAAAUUCGUAGUCUUUGGUGAUCAAGUUCUCCAACAGUCUUUUGGAAUUCCCAUGGACAUGAUUUCGACGAUGUUUUAUCUAGUAACAAUAAUCGUUUUCAUUCAUAUGUUGAUUUAAUAUUUCCCUGUGAACUCGAGAUAAAAGACCCCAAAGAAUCUUC